UUAGAAAUUCUAAAAAUAAUAAUUAUGUUAUCUAGCAAAACAUAAAUUUCACGAUUUAAUCAAUCUAAAUUGAAACUAUGAUUUUUUUAUGGCAUUCUGUAAAUAUUAAAUUAUUAGUGGAACUUUUAAGUUUAAAAUUACAAGUUAUAAAAUAUUUUUAAUCUUAAUUCUUAAUAAAAAAAAAUUUUACACAAAAACAAAAAAAAUUCAUUUCAUUUUUUUAUACAAAUGUAAAAUGAAGUGACGCCCAUAUUAUUUGUAAAAUAAGGUUGAUAUUUUUGGACCCAAGCGUUUUUAAAAUUCCUAAUGGCUCAGGUUAGAUAUUUUGAAAAAAAAUUGUUCAAUUCUAUAAAAGAUCAAGCAAUAAACACGAUGAAUAAACAACAUUUUUCAAAUAACCACACAUCUGCACAAAAAAAAACCAUUGGUGUUAAGUCAAGAGACCUUGGUGAUGGCCAAAGUAAUAGAAUCCUAUUCCCAUCCAUCUUACUGGAAAGUGUUUAUAACUAUAAGUAGGUAUAUAAUAUAAUAUUAUACAUUUCAAUUUUCAUUUAAUCUACGCUUCUAUAGGUAAUAUUAAAGUAUUUUGUUUUGUAUAAAGACAAAGAUUUAAUCUAUACGUCUUAUUUCACGAUACUCCAAAGUUAAAAGUUUUCGAGACAUUAUUUUGUUUUUAAAACAACAGGCACUGGUAUCUUAGAAGAUGGACUCAAAAAGAAAAGAAAACCCUGUGGACUGUGGUCACGAUUGAUGGACGUUGGUAUUGGUAAUUGGUAAUUGGUAUUCACGUUUCAUAAUUCGGAGAGGUUCAUAAUUAUUAUUUAUUAGCUAUGAGUUUAUGACUUAUUAGUAUUAUUAUUUAAAAUAGUUAAGAGUUAGUAAUUUAGUAUCUAUACUGAUUCGGGCUGGCUAUCGCCGACUAUCAUCUCGCUAAUAUCAGUUAUGUUAUUUUGUGUAGGUAAUUAAAAAAAAAGAUACUAAUGAGUAUUGCUAUUUUUAAUGUAAAAUUCUUCAUUUGAAAUGGAUCUAAGUACAAGUUCAAGUGCAACCUGUUCUAUUGAUUUUUCAUCAGUUGAUUAUUCAAACUAUGACACAAAUAAUAUUAACAAAUCUGAUUGUGAUGCUACAUUAAACACUGACGAUACAGAUAUAUUUCUCUCAAUUUAUUGGAAAAGUGGUAUGUUGGGAGCUGCAUCUUAUAAUAGCCAAAUAUCUGAAAUACAAAUUUUGCAUGAUAUCAUAGAAAGUAAUUUAGACUUUAAAAUAUUGAAUGCUUUAUUUAUGCAACUUAGACCCGUAAAUAUUGUAGUAAGCAGUUUACAAGAUGGACAUUUUUUAAAAAUUAUUAAGCAAUUAGCUCAUAAUGGCAAAAUAAAUAUGUUUUCUAGUCCAACUACUACUGAUGAUUAUAAAUCUGAUGAAAAAGUACAUAUAUUACCCAAAAAAUGUUUCAAGUUUAAAACAUGUGAGCAAUUAAUUUUAUCCAUGUCAUUGGCGUCUGCUCCAAAAAAUGAAAAAUCUCGCAAACUUUACAUACGUAGUUUAGUAGAUUUCACUCAAGAAUUAACUGUGUGUGCAUUAGGUGCAUUGCUACAUUUUUUGGAUACUCCAUUGGUAAAAUUAAAUUUACCAACCAACUUCACAAUAAUGUCAUUAAAAAUUCUUAACAUGGAUAAUCUAGUUUGGUUGGGUAUUAGUACAUAUGAGUCACUACAAAUAUUUUCUGCACAUGAACACCCGUCUAUAUACAAAUGGACCAAAAAUUCAACUAAAGAAGGACCUAGUAUUUUUAGUUUAUUAAAUCGGUGUAACUCAGUUAUGGGUUCAAAAUUUUUAAAGAAUAUUUUAGCCCAACCUACUAAAAACCUAGAUAUUAUAAAAUAUAGACAUGAGUUUAUAGAGUUUUGCAUAAACCCUAGUAAUGAAAGUGUUAUACUAUCAUUGACUAAUUGUAUCAAACAUUGCCGUUGUGUGUCAUCUACUGUAGUAAAAAUGAAUGGCGGUAAUGCUUCUAUGUACCAAUGGAGAUUAUUAUAUCAAACAGCUAUAAAUGCAAUUACAAUUGGAGAAAUUUGUGAAAGAUAUUCAGAACAAAUAACGUUUUUUACAAAAAUUAAAGAAACAUUAAAAGAUAGUCUUUAUACUAUGGUUAAUGCUAUGUCAUGUAUAAUUGAUUUUGAAAAAUCCUCUAUACAAAAUAGAUUUGUAGUGAAACUAGGUUUCAUACCAGAACUUGAUGAAAGAAAAUCAAAAAUUGAAAGCAUAACUGAACUGUUAAAUGAAAUAACAUUAAAAGAACUACAAGAUUUACCUUCAUACAUUAAUGAGUGUUCAAUAUGUCAAAUGCCAGAAGUUGGAUUUUUAUUGUGUCUUCCAUUUUGGAAACCUUAUAAUCUGAUGACUGAAAAUGAUUAUAAAAUCCAAGAUUUAGAAUUUAAGUUUCACCUGACAGAUAAAAUAUUCUACAAAACUUCAAGAUGUUAUGAACUAGAUAAAUAUUUUGGUGAAAUUGAAUCAAGUAUUAUUCAAGAAGAAAUUCAAACUAUGACUAAACUGUCAGAGUUUAUUAUACAGCACUGGAUAAGCGAUCUACAUUUAAUUUUAAAAUUAAUUGCUGAAUUAGAUUGUUUGAUAGGUUUUGCUGAUGUUGCUAAAGAUUUAAAAUUAAUAAAACCUAAUAUACUUCCUAAAGAACACUGUAUAAUAAACAUAAUUAAUGGUCGACAUAUUUUACAAGAAAAAUAUGUGGAUAAAUUUGUACCUAACAGUUAUCAUUCUUCAAAAGUAAAUCAAUCUAUCAAAAUUAUUACAGGAUUUAAUUCAAGUGGAAAAAGUAUCUACUUAAAGCAGAUAGCAUUAAUAUCAUAUCUAUGCCAUAUUGGAUGUUAUGUACCAGCAGAGUACACAGAAAUAAGUAUAUUAGAUCAUAUUCACACUAGAAUUCAAUCAACCGAAUCUGUUAGCUCUUUAAUGUCAGCUUUUAUGGUGGAUCUAAAACAAAUGUCAGUAGCAUUAAAUGAAUCAACAUGUAAAUCUCUCGUAAUAUUAGAUGAAUUUGGAAAAGGUACAUCUGAAAUCAAUGGAUUAGCUCUGCUACUAGCAAGUAUUAGUGAUUUUGUGCAUAGACCAUUACAUUUAUUGCCUCAUGUCAUUAUUUCAACUCAUUUUCAUUCUUUACCAAAUCUUCUUCAACAGAUUAUAAAUAAAGAUAUAUUAAAUGACAAUGUACAGUAUCUAAGCAUGAGCUACACAACAGAAUGUUCAAAAAUAGUAUGCUUAUAUAGAGUAAUCGAUCAAAUAAAAAAUCAAAAUAAGAGUAUGGCUCACAGUAUCGCAGCACAAAAUGGUUUACCAAAGUGUAUUGUUGAAAGAGCUAAUAAAGUUCUUCUAUCUAUUCAACAGGAUGAAUGUAUAAGUCCAAUGACAGAAAAUCUCAGAUAUAAAUUAUUUUAUAGGAGAAAACAUUUUAUUGAAAGAGUGCUGGAACUAAUGCAAAACAAAAUUACAGAUGCUGCUUUUAAAGACUUGGUAAAUGAUAUGGAAAAUAUAAGGUAUCCAUAAAAAUAGUCAAAU